AUGGGUAUCAUGGAGAGCAUCGGUUCGGAAUUUAAGACGAGGAAUUUCAGUAUAUAUGGCCAAUGGACGGGUAUCCUUGCGAUCAUUCUUUGUGUCGCAUUAGGUAUUGCGAACAUCUUCAGCUUUUCGCUUCUCAUCAUCUUCUCGAUAAUCUGCCUCGUUUGCGGACUUCUUCUGGUCUUUAUUGAAAUUCCCCUGCUCCUCCGCAUCUGCCCGACGUCAAAGGUAUUCGACGACUUUGUGCGCAAGUUCCACUCCAACUAUGGUCGCGCGGGUAUCUACCUCGCCAUGGCAGCUGUACAGUGGAUUUCGAUCGCUGUAAAGGCUUCAUCUCUCAUUGCUGCAGCAUUCAUCCUGACCCUCGCGGGGUCCUUCUACGGAUUGGCGGGGUUGAAGGGUCAGGAAUUCAUGGGUAGCAAGACUCUGGGCGGUGCAGGUGUUGCUCAGAUGAUCGUGUAA